AUGUUCAUCAGACACCCAACGCUGAUACUGGCCCUCGCCCGCUACAGUUCAGCGAUCUGUUCGCAAUCUCCAUCAGCAACCAUUCAAAAUGGCGUGGUUUUUGGCAUAACGACUUCUCUUCCUGAGGCCACAGUGACAGUCAACAAGUUCUUGGGUAUCCCGUAUGCCGAUUCUCCACCACAGCGGUUCUCAGCGCCUGCUGCCGCCCCAGAUUGGAAUGCACCCAGAAACGCAACAGUAUUUGGACCAGCUUGCUUGCAGCAAUCGGGCGUCCUGGCCGCUCUCUCGUACAAAGAGCCAGUGCAAAGCGAAGACUGCCUCUACGUCAACGUCUAUCAGCCCAGUGGGCAACCUCCAGACUACGGUUGGCCAGUCAUGGUCUGGAUACACGGUGGUGGUCUUCAAUUCGGCAGCAGCGAUGCGCCAGAAUAUGAUGGUGCCGCGUUUGCUGCCCAUGAGAAUGUCUUAUUUGUGUCCUUCAAUUACAGGCUCUCUCGUAUGAACUCUGCCACUCCACGGUUCCGAAGUAGUGCUGACCAUUUCCAAGUUUUCGGCUUUCCUGGUGCGCCCGGGUUGCCCAAUCUCGGUUUCCUGGAUCAGAGACUCGCUUUGAGCUGGGUUCAAGACAACAUCGCGGCUUUCGAUGGCGAUGACAAAAAAGUCACCAUUUUUGGUGAAUCUUCGGGGGGCAUCUCUGUUGAUGCACUGCUCACAGUACCUCCUUCGCCAAUUCCCUUCCGUGCAGCGAUCGUUCAAAGUGGCACUGUACUCAGCAACGCGCUCGCCUCGCUCGGUCAGAACCCAGAAACUGCUUGGAACCAGACAGCAGCAUUCUUCAAUUGCUCAUUGGCUGGCGAUCAAGUCGCUUGUCUACGGGACGUGCCUGCCCUCCAGCUCCAGGCGUUUGCUAGCAACAACUCGUUGCCUACAAUUGUGAAGAACGACAAUUUGACGUAUCUGUCAAGUGCUGGCCAACAAUAUGCCGAUGGACAGGCAGCAAACGUGCCGGUGAUGGUUGGUACAACGGCGGACGAGGGCACAAUUUUCACACUCGGACAGUCCAAUCUUACAGCUUUCAUCAACAACACCUUUGCGCUCUUGCCUCAGCUCAUCCCUCAGAUCGCGGCGGCGUAUGCGGUCGGUACACCAGGCAUCAACUCCGAGAGGCAGGCUAUCGCCCGGAUCUUCACUGAAGUCGGAGUGCAAUGCCCAUCAGCACUGCUUGCUCGUCAAAUAACUGAGGCAAUGAACCCUGCGUGGCGCUUGGACCUCGGCGUCUUCCAUUCGUCGGAGCUCCCUUUGGUGUUCAGUAGUUUCAACAAGACCACAGCUACUGGUCAGCAGUAUGCGUUGAGCAACUACAUGCGAGGAGCAUGGGCACAAUUUGCAAAGGAUCCCGAAAAUGGCCCUGGCUGGGGUCCCGUGGGAUCGUACAAUGGCACCGACUUGGGUUUGCUGGGGUCGGAUGGAUCGAGCGGAGUUACAGUUGUGAACCCGACCAAUGUCGACGCCAGAUGCGCAAUAUUCGAGCCGAUAUAUCAAUUCCUGGGCUAG